GCAUCACAUAGCAAGUCCAAAAAAAAAAAAAAAAAGUCGCAGCAUCAGUGUGCCGCAGUGAAAUCCAGCUCCUGAACACACCCUGCUGCAGCCUGCAGAGCAGCCACACAACACUGACAGCACACUCAGCUGUACAUCUUUACCGAGCAGAAAAGGAAAGAGACGGCGAACUGGAACACAGCUGAGCAGGAUGGCUCUUAAUGAUAAAGACCCGAUGGCUGUGGUAGGGACCCUCUCCCCCAGCCAACUGCAGUCCCACCUCAAGAUGGAACCUAAGACUCUGGGGGCUAUCCAGAUCGUUAUUGGGGCUUUGAUUCUUUGUCUGAGUGCCUCAGUGCUCCAGAUCCACGAGGUCCACUUUACAGGGGAUGUGGCCCUCUUCCUGAUCGUUGUCAUACAGGUGACCUUGUCUGGUUCAGUACUGGUCCACAGUGGGAGGCGACCUACUCUGUUCUGGGUGAAAUGCGUCCUUGUGCUGCAUCUUAUCAGUGCUGCGUUUGCCACUGCUGCCCUGGGUCUGAUGUCCAAACACCUGCCCUACCGUCAGGACUCUUACCACUGUGAACACUGCCGCAGACUGGAGCUACAUGCUGUGCAACAUUGUUUCAGGAAAUGCACCGGGCUGAUCGAGCAAAAGUGUAAACUGUUGAUUGAUGGGAUCCUGGGGACGCUAGUGAUCUUCCUGGUGCUGGAGCUGUUGAUCUGUAUCACUGCCAUGCUGUUCGGACUCAGUGUCCUUGCUGCUGGUGGAACUCAGGCUCCCAGCCAGAGACCUGCCUAUCCACAGACUCGCCCCCCACCUGCACCAGCUGUACAGGCUGCUCUAGCUGCAGCUGAGCCAUCUCAGCAGGUGGCUGUGGUCGUGACUGAACCAGAUUCAGAGCAGGUGGAGGACAUUUCCACCCCAACCACUGAACCCCAGGUGGAGCCAAUAGAGGCUGUGGCUACAGAACCCUAAACUCAGCACACACUGCAGCACUUCCUAAGGUGUCAUGUUAUGUCAAACACAGUGUGGAUAUGGAUGUAAAAUGGGAACAACAUUUCUGUCAACCCCCAUAAUUAGGACUCAGUUAUCUCCCAUUUGACAUGAUGACUUAUACCUCAACUCAGGUGACAAAGUGACAAGAAAUCUUCUGAUGACAGCAUAAAUGUUAAGUUUUACAUGUAAACAAGAAGUUGUCAUCCUGUCCUUUCACUUCUGGCAUGAUAUGAAUAUAACAUAAGUGCUAGCACUGCUGGACAUACAGUGUAGUAUGCUGUGAAUGAAUCAGUAGUUGAUUUAGAAUAAAUUGUAGAAUACAAAUACUAAGAACACUCAAAUAAGUAUAUUGAGGAUCUUACUGAAAAAGGGAAUGCAAGGGGUGUGUAUGAUAGAUUCACUUCACUAUUAGUGUCUGCACAUUUUGUGUUGAGGCAGAUUCAGUGUGUAACCAGGUACUGUUUUGUCUUUCAAAGGUCUUAAAUGUCUCUAGCCUAAACAAUAUUUGACUGUUAAAAUAAGAUGUUGUUGGUGGUGGUGUUGCUUAAUUAUAAACCUUUUUGUUGAGUUUAUGCUCUUCCAAACUUGUCCUUCCAAUAUUUUAGACCUGUUAUCUUGAGAGUCAAACUUAAAGGAGUGCUCCAGUGAUUUAGUACCUCUGUAAAGUUGGGAGUCUUAAAAGAAACAGAUUAAUUUAUGUUAUUCUGGAGACAGAACGAUAAUUAUUGCAUGUUGUGAUCACAAAAUAUCAGUUUGCUAUGUCAACAUAAAUAAGUGGUGAUCUUUGAAUAACAAAAAAGCCAUAAUCGUCCUUAUAACCCACUCACAACAACACUGAAAAAAUCUGAAAAAAAGAAAAAGAAAAAAAUAGAUAUCCAUUAUUGUUUUCAUCAAUCACUGAUAAUCACCAUCACCAGAAAUAUGUGUCAAUAGAAAAUGAAUUUGACUUUAUAUUUGAAUUUGAAUUGAAGAAGAGUCCUCAUGUUAAAAUAACUGGACAGUUUCAUUAUGCAUAAAAUACACAGAUCAGGCAUCAUUAAGACCACCUGCCUAUUAUUGUGUUGGUACCCCUUUUGCUGCCAAAACAGCCCUGACCUAUCGAGGCAUGGACUCCACUAGACCUCUGAAGGUGUGCUGUGGUAUCUGACACCAAGAUGUUAGCAAAAGAUCCUUUAAGUCCUGUAAGUUGUGAGAUGGGAUGGGUCUCCAUGAAUCAGACUUGUUUGUCCAGCACACCCACAGAUGCUCGAUUAGACUGAGAUCUGGGGAAUUUUUGCUCUGUGGCAGGGCACAUUAUUCUGCUGAAAGAGGUCACAGCCAUCAGGGAAUACCAUUUCCAUGAAAGGGUGUACAUGGUCUGCAGCAAUGCUUAGGUAGGUGGUACAUGUAACAUCCACAUGGACCCAGUUUCUGGCUUGCCUUCUUCCCAGAGUGCAUCCUGGUGCCAUGUGUUCCCCAGGUAAGCGACGCACGUGUACCUGGACAUCCAUGUGAAGAAAACAUGAUUUAUCAGAUCAGGCCACCUUCUUCCAUUGCCAUUGCUCUGUGGUCCAGUUCUGAUGCUCAUGUGCCCAUUGUUGGCACUUUUGGCGGUGGACAAGGGUCAGCAUGGGCACCCUGACUGGUCUGUGGAUAUGCAGCCCCAUAUGCAACAAACUGCAAUGCACUGUGUUCUGACACCUUUCUAUCAGAACCAGCCUUAACUUCUUCUGCAAUUUGAGCUACAGUAGCUUGUCUGUUUGGACCACAUGGGCCAGCCUUCGCAUCAAUCGCGUGCAUCAAUGAACCUUGGCCACCCUGACCACUGUUCCCUCCUUGCACCACUUUUGAUAGAUACUAACCACUGCAGACCGGAAACACCCCACAAGCUAGCCAUCACAAUUUGGCCCUUGUCAAACUCGCCAAAAUCCUUAUGCUUGCCCAUUUUUCCUGCUUCUAACACAUCAGCUUUGAGGAAAAAAUGUUCACCACCAACAAGGUGCCAUGAUGAAGAGAUAAUCAGUGUUAUUCUCCUCACCUGUCAGUGGUCAUAAUGUUAUGCCUGAUUGGUGUAGUCUAGUAUUCAUCCUGUUUGCAUGCACAGCACCAACACAACUGUGAACUUCUCAAACACACAACUGCUGACUUACACCGUGUGAAAUGAUGUUAAUGCUAUGUUAAACUCUAUUGACAAAUUUUUAGAAUUUCUAGCAUUUCCUGUUGGGACACCUUUUGCCUUUUUUGUGCCCAAUGAGGCAUGCCAGUGUGCGAAAAUGAGGUUUUCGCUGCGUUUUGACACUUAAUCAGCUCAGAAUAACCAAAUUCUGUGUGAUCUGACCAGGGGAAGAGAAACUGAAGUCUCAGCCACACUGUUAUGAAAGUUUCUCAAUUUGUAAUAUUAAUAAACAUUCAUUAUGGUUGAAACCCA